AUAUAAUUUUAAAAAAGAGUACAGUAGAUGUGUUGUUGUAAUAAUGACAAAGCCAUUAAAUUGUGCAACUGCACCUUGGGUCAGCCUCCGUGUGUUGUUCAUGUAUAUAUUGAUUUGGUGCUCUCAAUAGGGACUAGCUCUUAAAUAUAGUACCUAUUUUGUGGGUAAAUUUUACGACUUAGCAACAACAUUUCCUCUUCCUUAUAAAUACAUAGAGGCCAGAAUUAAUUAUAUGGUAUGGCGUAUGCGAUGGAAGACGACGAAGAUAUUUUUCACUCUCCAGAAAAAAUAAUGGAAGAGAGAGAUGAUGAAGACGAAAAGAAGAAGCUUCAGCUUAUGCGAGCCAACCCCUCCUGCAAGGAUGUAGAUGAGCCAACUCUGAGAAGGUUUCUUCGCGCUCGAGAUCUCGACGUGGAGAAAGCAUCUGCAAUGCUAGUCAAGUGCUUAACCUGGAGACGAACCUUUGUUCCCAAGGGUUUCGUUUCAGAAUCGGAGGUGCCAAAUGAGAUAGCUCAGAACAAGAUGUUUCUACAAGGAACAGACAAGAAAGGGCACCCCAUUUCCGUUGUCUUCGGUUCUAGACAUUUCUCCAGGAAAGGAGGCCUCGAUGAAUUCAGGCGUUUCUUGGUGUUUGCCCUUGAUAAACUGUGUCAAAGGAUUCCUGAUGAAGUGGAAAAGUUCACAAUCAUCGGAGAUCUGCAAGGAUAUGGAUACUGUAACAGCGACUUGCGUGCAAACCUUGCAGCAAUCACCAUUUUACAGGAAUACUAUCCAGAAAGGCUAGGAAAGCUGUUCAUUGUUCACGCACCAUAUAUAUUUAUGACAAUGUGGAAGAUUAUCUACCCAUUUAUCGACAAAAAAACAAGGAAGAAGGUCGUCUUUGUGGAAGAUAAAAGACUGCAUGAGACGCUGCUGGAGGACAUAGACAAAAGCCAGCUGCCGGAGAUCUAUGGAGGCAAACUGCAGCUAGUUCCAAUUCAAAAUGCCUAGUUGAUCACGAGGCAUCUCAGAGAUCAAACUACCUUUGGAUGUCAUUUUCCAGCUUCCUUUGCUAGUCCAGAAACAAGAAAGUAGCAAGCAUAUGUCGAAUGAUAUUGUAAAGCAAGUAAUCUGCAUUAUAUGCACAACUAUUACUAUA